UGACAUGAGGGUGAGUAAAUGAUGUCAAAAGUUUCAUUUUUUGUAAUGACUUGGGCAUUUGUUCGACCCUGAAAGUUUGACCACAGCAAGUGAAUGAACAGGGACUAUAGACCUAUAGCCUCUAAGGAGCAAAAUAAUGGCAUUACUCAAUGUGCAAGUUAAUCUGAGCUGAUAGCGUGAAGCCUGAGGGGUCAGGGGGUCACAAGCUUGUGCUAAGUUGUCAAGGAGCUGAAAGCUGUCCCCAGGCCCACAGCGGGAGCUGGCAGGGAGGGGACGCUCCCUCUCCACCCAAGCCAUCACCACCAUCACCCACCCACAGGAAUGUGGAGGAGAAUAGAGACGGGGGAGGGAGUUGUUGCCGGAUAUGAGCUCAUAGCUUUUCCAUAUACCCCUUCCACAAAUAUUUUCUCCCCGGAUCAAGAAAGAGCGGGCAGAAAUGCACACAAUGCAUGCCGCAUUGUGCUUGGAAACAUUUAAGAUUGAGUGUGGCUGAGAUAGACACAUAUUGAGGGAGUUGUAACUCACUAAGGGUUUGGCACUAAAUGAAGUCCACAGACAGACUUCCAAGCCAUGAAGGUGAAUUAAAUGAGGUGAUUCAGAGAGUGUUUGGUUGUUCUGUAUGUGUGCAUUGCAGGUAUGCAUUUUUUUUUUUUUUUUUUUGAGUGUGUAAGCUUCAACUUAAGUAUUUGUUAAUGUCAUAUAAUAUAUUUUGUUUUAUUUUGGGGUAAUUCUUUACAAUUUCCCACCUUCAGGUUUUCUUUUGCAUUCAAUAUACAAGUAAAUAACUAAUGAAUUAAGUUUUGAGGCAGUGCCCUCUUGAGGCAGCGCAUGACUGUGCAGCAUUCAACUCCACAUAAUAUUCCUUCUCCAGACAUCUUUCUGCCCAGCAAAUGUUUUCAGCUUGUUUGCAUUGUAAUAUAAUGGGGAAAUCUAAUGACUGACCCAUCCUCUAUUCUCAUUUCAGAUGCUAGUCUGUCACCUGAUGCCCCCAAACAGAGUCAUUGGUGUAACGUGGCAUACUGGGAGCAUCGGACGCGGGUGGGCCGCCUCUACACGGUGUACCAACCCGCCGUCAGCAUUUUCUAUGACCUACCUCAAGGCACAGGCUUCUGCCUCGGCCAGCUGAGCCUGGACCAGCGCAGCAGCACCGUGCAGCGGACACGUGGCAAGAUCGGCUAUGGCUUGCUCCUCAGCAAAGAGCCAGAUGGAGUCUGGGCCUACAAUCGCAGCCAGCACCCCAUCUUUGUCAACUCACCUACCCUGGAUGUACCGGGGAGCCGUAGUUUGGUGGUGCGCAAGGUGAUGCCCGGCUACUCCAUCAAAGUGUUCGACUAUGAACGCUCGUCCAUGCUCAGGCAGGGGGCCGAGUCCGAGCUGCUAGACGGACCGUAUGACCCAAACAGUGUGCGCAUCAGUUUCGCGAAAGGCUGGGGCCCUUGUUACUCCCGCCAGUUCAUCACUUCCUGCCCAUGCUGGCUCGAGAUCCUCCUCAACAACCACAGAUAACACAUACACACAUGGACUCAAUUGUGUUGAGAGACUUUUGGACUCCACAGACUAUCCCAAAUAUCAUCUACUUAGAUUUAAUAUAAAGUUUUAUAUAUUAUAAGAAAUAUAUAUUAUACUUGUAAAUACUGGAGUCAUUUUUACGAUGUAAUUAUUUAUGUAUGGUGCAAUGUGUACAUGGACAAGAGGAAAAAAACGGGAAAUGCACUUUGGCUUAUAUAUAUAUAUAAAUAUAUAUAUAAGAUAAAGAUUCUUUCAAUACCAAUUUGAAAAAUUAUACAGCAAAAAUAGGAAGAGCCUGGUUUUGGUGUAUAGUUUUCAUAUACUAUUAAUAUCCAGAUGAAAAGCUAACACCAUUCACACAUUGAUAAUAAAGUAUUCGCAUAAUAUUGCUGUG